GGCCGCAACUCACUUCCGCGUUCCCCUUCCUCUCGACUCGGUUCGAACCGGUUUGGGGCCCUCUUCGCAUGGCCGCUUCCAAACCCUAACCCGCAGAUCCUUUGCUCCCCUAAACCCUUCCCCCAAUCCUCCUUCUCCUCCGCCCCGCGGUGCUCGCUGGUGCGGGCACCGCCCUCCGCUGCUCUGCCCGGCGGGACGCUCGGCGUCUCGACCCCCGCCUCAGCCGUCGCGCGUGAGGUGCAUGUCUCAACUCGAUCUGAAGGAUAUAUGUAGUGGAUGUUGAAUGACAUUCUCUAUGGAUUUGAACGCAUCACCAUUGCCUGAAGAAGAGGAUGAGCAGCCUUAUGAAGAACCACCUGGUGAGGCUGAUUAUGCGCAUGAGGAGGAACAUGUUGAGUCUGCUGUUGCAACAUUGCGAAGGGAGCGUGAAGAGAGGCGGAGGAAAUUGAAGAGAGAGCACCAGGAUGAAGGCUCAAUGCAACACCCUCAGCAGAUAAGGAAUGAUUAUGCACCUCCAAUCAAAGUUGGUAGAGGCCGGAUUAAAGAGGCACCUGAGGGUUGGUUGGAUUGUCCUGCAUUUGGUGAGCCAAUAGAUAAAAUCAUACCCUCCAAAGUUCCUCUUGAUGAAACAUUCAAUGAAUCAGUUCCUCCUGGCAAAAGAUAUUCUUCCAAACAAGUAGUAAACAAGCAAAGAAAAGCUGGCCGUGAAAUAGGGCUGGUGAUUGAUCUGACUAAUACUUCUCGAUAUUACUCACCAGCAGAGUGGACAAAGCAAGGUACUAAGCAUCUCAAGAUUCCUUGCAAGGGAAGAGAUGCUGUACCAGAUAAUGAAUCUGUUAACGCAUUUGUCUAUGAGGUGAUGAUGUAUCUUGAACGACAAAAGCAUACCAAGACUCCCAAGUAUAUUCUAGUUCACUGUACCCAUGGUCAUAAUCGUACAGGUUUCAUGAUUAUUCAUUACCUCAUGCGUACACGCAUCUCUUGUGUUGCUGAGGCAAUACGUAUUUUUGCUCAAAGGCGACCUCCUGGUAUAUAUAAGAGGGACUACAUUGAAGCAUUGUAUUCAUUUUAUCACGAGGUUCCUGAGAAUAUAAUUGUAACAUGCCCUUCAACACCAGAAUGGAAGAGGCCUUCUGAUCUUGAUCUAAAUGGUGAAGCUAAGCCAGAUGACGAUGAUGACAACGGUGAUGUUUCACCAGUACAUAAUGAUGUAGAGGAGAAAGUCAUCACCAAUGAUGAUGUGCUGGGAGACGCUGUACCUUUUGAUCAGCAAGAGGCUCUGCGGAUCGUAUGCUAUCGUUUGCUUGAACUUCCCCCUGCGAGAGGGCAUGCACAAUUUCCAGGAUCACACCCAGUCUCUCUUGACAGUGAUAAUCUGCAGCUACUUAGACAGCGAUACUAUUAUGCUACUUGGAAAGCUGACGGAACCCGAUAUAUGAUGCUUAUAAUGAGGGAUGGUUGUUUCUUGAUUGAUCGGAAUUUUUGCUUUAGGAGAGUUCAGAUGCGCUUUCCCCAUAGGAACCUGAAUGAAGGUCCACAUGAUAUGACAUUGAUUGACGGGGAAAUGAUUAUAGAUACAGUACCUGAUUCAGGAUUGAAGAGGAGGUACUUAGCGUAUGAUCUGAUGGCACUUGAUUCAGUGUCCAAGACAAAGUUGCCUUUCUCUGAGAGGUGGAGAUUAAUUGAAGAUGAAAUAAUCCGGCCACGCCAUAACGAGAGAAAAAUGUUUGAGAGUGGUGCUAAGAGCAAUCCAAUGUACAAAUAUGAUAUGGAGCUAUUUUCGGCCCGGAGAAAGGAUUUCUGGCUUCUGCAUACAGCAAAAAGGGUACUGAAGGAGUUUAUCCCAUCACUUUGCCAUGAUGCUGAUGGCCUGAUAUUUCAG